CUGGUCUGCACACUGUAAGCAUAUGAGACAUAUGCUUUUGGGAUGAACACUCCCACAAUCUUCAUCAAAAAUCACCAUCAACCAUUGGUGAUGCCAAACCGGAUGCUUGACGCAAAUCAAUUAAUUCCGUGGCUGUUCCAGGGAGUUAUUGGGAAAUCCCUCCGGUCCGCAGAAUAUAAAAUGUCAGCCCAUCGCAAAGACAAGACAACUCCCUUUGGCCUUGACAGCCCUCAGCAUCAGUGGAAACUCAGCAAGUGGUUACCAGCAGCGCAACAUGACCUCUAUGCUCAAUGCUUACUGGUUCUCUGCAGUCAUUCUAGCAGCUCUGGUGCUGUGCGCUACCGGAGCUCCAGUUACAGACGCGACCACCGAGAAUCCGGCAGGUGACCCCUCAGGUGAGGAGGAUGUGGUGGCUUCUGACGAGCUUAGCGACUCCCAGAUUUGGGACUCGAUCCUUGGUGCCACCAAACGCCAUAAAAAGGAGUUUGAAGUUGAAUUCAAAAAUGAAAUGAAAUAUCUAUUUCUGGAGCACUACAAAACCUCAUCACUCCCUGCAGGCUGCCCCCUCUCCAACUUCAGCAAGGAGGCUUGUCUUCACAGGUUGGUCAGUGGCCUGCAAACAUACAAGAUACUUCUGAAGCAUGUGGAGAAGGAGUACCCCGGCAGCUUGAUCCUCACAGAGGCCAGAUAUUACAUCAGCCACCUGAUCGAUCUGAUCAAAGGAAAGAUGAGGCAUCCCGAACGGGUCUCAGCGCUGACCAGUAGCCAGGAGCAGCAGUUGCUGAAGGAGCUGGACAACCCCAACACUUUCCACAGAAAGAUGACGGCGCACUGCAUCCUGCGCCAGCUCCACUACUUCUUGCGUGAUGGCAAGCUGGCGUUGAAAAAAAGAGAGAUGCGCAUGGGAAGCAUGGCCAAUAGGGAUAUGGCAUAUUAGGCCUACCAAAUGUUGAAAAGAGAAAAACAGUGAAAUCAGAAAAGAAGGAAAUACCUCAGGGAAUCUUCAGUCUUUGCUGUAGCGACAGGGGGUCUUUACUGUAUGAAUGUUAUAUGUUCAGCCCACUAUUGCAUAACUUAUUACACCUAUUUAUACGUGGUGAAAAGUGUUAUUUAUAAGUCAUAGGAAAAUCCAUUAUUGUGGGUUACUUGUACUGGAAAUACAAUGUGUACUUAACACAGUGACUUGAUUUCAAUGUUGAUUUCUAGAUUGAGAGAAAUAACUUGUGCAGCGUUGUUACGAAUACUUUUUAUAAGGAAACAUUUUUGGAAAGCAGUGAUUAUAUAGUCUAUUUUUGUAAACAAUGCUUUUAUACUUGUAGUACACUGUUAACUAUUAUUUAUUUUCAUGUGUAAACUGAUGUCAUUACAUUGAUUGAUUAUAUUCUGUACACAUGCAGGAA